AAAGCUACUUAAUUUAUAGAUUUCAAUAAUAAUUUAUUAAAAACUCAAGAAGGAAUGCAGAGAAGAAGUGCAGAAUAAUCAACCAAGCAGGUUGAACAAGGAAAUUUUAAAUUUUGAUCAAAAAGGAAAUCAAGGAAAAUGUCUGUGGAAAUUGUACAUCAUCAUCAAAGGCACAUAAUUCCUGAGCGAUCAGAGUUGUUAAUUGGUCACAAGACAAUCAAAUGCAGCGAACAAGGUUGUGAGAGUACGUUCAAAAGUCAGAGUAAUUUGACCUUGCAUCUUUUAAAAAUACAUAAGAAAAAUGUCAGUCUCGCGUUUCGACAUCAAGAUCAAGUCGACUUUUAUUAUUGCCCUGAAGAAGAUUGUGUUUACAAUCGUGCGAGAAAUAUCGAGAAAAACAGAUAUUAUUUUAGUGAAUUGAAACAUUUGAAGCAACAUUUUCGAAAAGUGCACAAAGAAAAGGAAUUCGAGUGUUCAAACUGCAAAAAGGCUUUUCCGGAUGAAAUAACCCUCAAACGACAUGUAAAAGUUUGUGGACAGAAAUUUUAUUGCGGAAUUUGCGGAUCGUCGUAUAAGAGUCAAACAAGUUUGGUUUAUCAUGUCAAGCAAAAAGGGCAUUCUUUCGAAAUGACCGAAUACGAUGCUCUGUUGGAUGUUUAUGGAACAAAAGAUACAGAUGAAAGCAAAGGAAAACCAAGUAAGACGAAGAAAGUGAAAACUCAUCAAGCGAUUCAAACUGAACAAACGAAAAUCAAAACAAAGAAACGUCCCGGAGUAACACAAACAACUCAAACACUCGCGCAAACAAACAAACGCUCAAAAGCAACAAAAGAAACUCCGUCGGAACAAACUCAAAAGUUAGAAGCUGCCUCAACACAAACAUUACCCAUCGAUAUAUUUGAUGAUCCAAUGUUAACGUACGCCGAUAAUUCGUCUCAAACGAGUCAUGAUCUCAUUUCGCACUUUCACAUGGAAACACAAACAGAUCCCAACGCAACAACAAACCUAAUGGAAACUCUCACCGAAUACGAUCCUUUGCUGUUCAACCAUAUGCAUACCCAAACGACAAAUGAACUGCUCGAAGACACUUGCUUCGACAUUCACACUCAAACACAUUUCGAUACUGAAUUCGACUAUUACACGGAUUAUCAGGAACUCGUAUCCACGGAAACGCAAACUUGCAAUCCGCGCAAUAAUUUAUACGCAAAUAACUCGUCGUCAUACACCCAAACUUCGCAAUCCAUUGAAGCACUAAAUCAGAUUGACAUCCACACGCAAACAUGAUAUUUGUGCAGAGAAAGGGAUUUCAAUCUCUUGAACGACUGCUUUUUGUUCGAGUACAACAAUGGAGAUUACAACUUUAAUGAAAAAGCCGAAAGUGAAGAUAAUGAAUUCUAAUUUAAAAGCACAUUAUUUAUUGAUUUUUUUUUAAUUAGUUUUAAUAGUAAAUGAAAUUAUAUUACUCAAUUAGUGUACAUUCCUCGAUAAUAAUUUUCAAAUUAAAAAGAGCUCAAAAAAUUCUUGAAAUGUGGAAAAAUUUUUGACUGAAGUAACAAAAAAUGUUUUAUAUGGAAAAAAUCUCAACGUACAAGUUUCAACUUAAAAUCUUCUUAAAAACAUGAAAAUCUGAUUGUUAACUUUUAAUGAUGUACCAUAAUAA